AACACAGCAGUCUGAUGUCCUCACAAAAGAAAUCCGCAGAGGCAGCUAAGAUCUUCGAGACGUUAAAACGUUUAGACGUUUUACAGACUGAUAUUCCAGAAGACGAGUCGUGUAUGACUUUUGUCUUGAACGGAGAAGACCACACAUUGGGAAAUGCGUUGCGUCACGUGAUCAUGAAGAACCCUGAAACAGAGUUUUGUGGAUACGCAGUGCCUCAUCCUUCAGAGAGAAAAAUUAAUUUGAGGAUUCAGGGAAGUGAGGGCAAGCUUGCUGUGGAUCUCCUCAGAGACGGCCUCAGCCAACUGAAAGAUGUCUGCAAUCACGUGGCAAAUACAUUUGACAGCAGUGUUGCCACUUACAGAGCUAGUCAUAAACAGGAUGACCAAGACUGCAUGGAAACAACUUGAUCAUGAUUUAUACUGAUUGACUGGUAGUUACAUAGUGAACUAUAGCAAAAGAGACCUUAAUUCUGAAUGAUAAGUAAUCUAGGCACAAUUUCAUUUACUGAUAUAUCACACGCUUUGUAGGGAUGUUGUGCACGUAGGGUAGACCUUCCUGAAUGGCAGGACUACCGAAAUCUUGAAUUGUUAUUGAAAAUGAUGCAUUAUCAUGUUGCUUAGCUAAUUAGCUAUAGACUGGGUUGCCUAGUGUUGUGAUACACGUUGAAAGUAUUUUAGUCUACGUCUUCUUGGUUUGAGUAUAACCAACCUUUAUGUAUAAGUGAAUAGUUUUAAUUUAUUAGUAGCCUGUCGUGUUCGCUUCUACCAAACAAUA